GCUUCGUCAGUUACCUGAAUGCACGAGAUGGGAUUUUCAUCCAUAUAGAUGCAAAUUAAUUAUUGAUGUCGAAGAUAACAUUUUAUACACGCAGAUCACGAAGAUUACACCAACGUUACCAUGGCAACAGCUUUUAUAAAGACUGCAAAGGACCAAAUCAUAUGUUCGAUUUGUUUUGAGAUUUUUUCAGAACCAAAAGCGCUCCCAUGUCUGCAUACAUUUUGUAAGAAAUGUAUAAAUAAAUAUAUAAUACAGAUGAAUGCUCAGCAUCGGGAAAGAAAAGGAUAUCCAUGCCCAGUGUGCCGGCGUCACGUUUCUGUACCUGCGCGGAUCAAACACAACCCGGAAGUAUGGGCAAGUCAACUUGAAAAUAACCACGCGGUUAUUACAUUGAUCGAUGGAUAUAAAACAUCAAAAGGCAAAACUAUGGAAACCUGCACACUGCAUCUGGAAAAGGAUCUCGAGUUUUUCUGUGUUGAUCAUACACAGUACAUCUGUUCCUUGUGUUUCCCUCAACAUCGCCGUUGCAAUGACGUCACAACGCGUGAAGAGGCACGUUGUAAUGUUAAACAAGCCGGAGAAUCAAAAUCAAACAAAUCCGCCAAAAAACAGAGCGAAAAUGAACAUACCAAUCUUCUUUUGGAGCAAUGUAGCUCAAUUGAACAAGUGAUUGACAAAAGACACAAUGCUUUGGAGUUUCUUUGUCAAACAGAACAACAAGUAAGAGAUGAAAUGAUAUCAAUGAGAAAAAGAUCAAAUGAACUGAUAGAUAAACAUAACGAAAUAGGGAAAAAUGCAUCAGAAGAGAGGAAUGAAGGUUUAGAUCAAACAAAUAUCCAACAGUCACAGGUGAGUCAAAUGCAAAACAUAAAACUUGCACACCAAGGAAAACCGUCAUGGAUCACUGGGAUAACAAUUUUACCGUCGGGGAAAAUACUUCUUAUUGACCAUACUAAUGAGGCUGUGUUUGUAUUUAGCCUUUCCCUCGAUUUUCAGUGUAAAACAAACAUCCAUCCAGCACCUUAUGACGUAGCACCAAUUUCAACGAGUCAAGAUCACAUGAUGGUAUCGAUUCCAGACACGCGAGAACUCGUGAAGUGUAAAGUGCUGCACGAUGGGUUCGUUGAAGUAGGAAAAAGAUUGAAGAGUAACAUAAGAUUCAAGGCGGUUGCCUCCGAUAGCAGGCAUGUGGCUGUAUGCUCCGAUUCUGACAUACACAUUUUUGAAACAGAUGGCGAAGUGUGGAUGGUUGUCUUAGAGGAAUCAUACGAAACAACUAAAUUCACUUAUAUAACUCUGACGUCAUCGGAGAAGAAGGUUUUUAUAACAGACCAAACCUUUGCCGAUCCGCAUGUUAGAUGCGUAGAUUUUGACGGGUUAACCCUAUGGAAGGUCGUCGAUGCAAGACUCAGCGUCUGCUCUGGAAUUUCUAUCAUGGGUACGCAACUUAUGGUAAUGUCAUGGAACUCGGGCGAAAUAUUCACUCUGUCAUUUAACAGAGACAACCUGAACACAUUCAACAAGGGCAGUGUGGUGUUUCCUUGGAAACUUGGUAUAUCUGCAAGACAGAAUGUCGUCUGCGUUUCGCAGCAUAAAAACACAUUAUCUGAGGAAGAUAAACGAACAGUAAAAGUGUUUAAGUUGACAUAAUUCACAUACAAUAAAAACCAAUGACACCAUAGCAACCAUUCAUGAAAGCAAACAUUGAUGUUGGUGUACAUAAUUGCACUACACUAUUCAACUUCGCUUGAUACCCGUAGUGAAAUUAUUAUUAUUGCGGAAUUAAUCAAGACUUAAUUAAAAUUGCUUUACCGAAGAUACUUUUGAAAACUUUUGACGUGUGCAUGUCUUAUUGAUCGAACAAAAUGCAUCAGGUCACCUCCACGAUAUUUCUUUAAAAAUCAAAAUCUUUCUUGAAAGAGGACUAUGUCAAUGUAAUGUCGCUAAAACCCUAAUAUUUUCAAGUGAAUGGCAAUUCGAUGCAGACAUGUAUUCAUAUUUCGUUAUUGUUUUGAUUUCAACGCCUUUUUUAAUUUUUUUAAUAUUUACGUACUCAUUUAUACUUUUUAUAUUGUAAUCUUACUUAUUUGUAAUUUACUUUCGUGGUGGUUGCUUUUGAAGUGUUAUGAUAAAUGUAAUUAAAACAUAUAAUUAUCCAGCCAACACUUAAGCUGUGUAUACAUAUUUAGAAAUAGGGUAUCCGAAAAGAAGCUAUUGCAUUUUAAAAGAUUUUUCUUCCGGGUAUCUAUUCAUGUAACCCUUUAAACCAAUAUAUAUAUCUCUACUCCAGUCUUUUGUUUGAACUGUAUUUAUUCAAGUAAUGAAAUACAUAACAUGAAUAAAACAAAUCACGUUAGCAAACAUGAUAAGGACAUAAGUACUGUGUACUUAUAUAAAUCCUUCUAAAGUUUGUACGGGCCAUAUCUUCUUUACUAUUUCACCUGAAGUAUCUAGCUUUUGUGUACAAAGACAUCUUGUGAGGUCGGAGUGCAAACUGCAAGAAGAAGGUCACUGUGACCUAUGACUUGGCCUUUGACCUUCACGUUUGAAAACGAUUGUCGAGGCAUAUCUUCUGUACUCUUGCACCUGGAGUAACCAGAUUUAGGGUACAAGGACAUCUUGUGAAGAUAGAGUGCAAAGUAUAAUGAUUAGGUCACUAUUACGUCACUGUGACCUAUGCUUCCUGACAUAAGUGUACUGUUUGUGAAAUAUAAAAAUCGUUACCGGUGGGGGACAAUGGAUUGCCUUGCAAUAUUUUGCCUUGUUGUAAUACAUGUAUAUCUGAAAUUAAGUAUCCUGGUGACGCUGAUUGAAUACACCAAUCAGUGAAAUUACCAUGUCUCCUGUUGAACUUUUGUAUCAUCAGAGCAUUGAUUGAAAUGUGUGCUCCGAUUGGGGAAUACAGCGAUUACACUUUAGCUAAUAAAUAAUACAAAUAAUUAAACUUUUUAUUCUUCUUUGUUUGUUAUGGGGAAUUGAUUUAAGUUUCAUACUGUUACCAUUAACAUAAGCAUACAAAGAAGUGUAUACUGACAUAUGACGCAUGGCCAAAUCCUAGUUGACCUAAUGACAUUUGUGACAUGUGCACUGCUGCUGGUCUGUAGGAAAUAUAUGUUUCAUCCUCUACCAAUAGGCACGAAGGAGAUAUUGCAACAGUCAUAUAAUUAUGCGUUCGGAAGAAUACUCUUUAUUUAAGGCAGUACUUGUGGUUGGUCUUCGGAGGGAAAAUACAUUUCAGGCUAUUGCCAACAUAGACAUUAAAUAAGAAUUAGUAUCCGUUCACAUCUGUCUAAACAAAUUGAAAUGGUGUUUAUCCUGCAUCUCAACUGACUGUAUUGUGUUCUUUUUUUCCUAAAAUGUUAUAUAACUAUGGAAAUAUUACAACUUCAAAGCAUGUGUCUGGAGGAUAUUCAGUACUUUAAUUUAACGAACAAUGUGUACCGAACGUGUCAUACGAGGUUAACGAAAUGAGAAAUAUUAUUAAAAAGUCAUUUACUUUCA